UGGUUGUUAGUGGUUCGUACCAACAACACAGGUUAUCGCCUCACUCAGUACCUGCGAGGGAAGGACGCCCAGCGGCAGCGAGCAGGUGGUUGCUCAAGACAGACUUUUGAACCACUUUAUCUUCUGGGAGUCCAGCAUUGUAGUCCAACAUGCUGAAGGAGUGAGGUCCAGCAGGGAUCAUACCUCCCCUCAUAUUCCUACUUUUCAACCAAGCUGAAUAAGGAAACAGCCUAGACAGCAGGAGUGAAACGCUGUGAGAACCACAUACAUGAUGGGAGUCCAUGUGCUUGGUUUCGUGAUGCUAACAUUCAUCUGGCAGAGCUACAGCCUGCAAAUACGGAACCCUAUGUAUGGGUCCAAAAGGUCUCAGGAAAAUGUCAUGCUGGAUCCCAGCAACUGUGUGUUCAGGACUGAGCAGCCACAAGUCUUCACAAACUCUCACAACUUCUCUGUGGAUAUUCGGAUGCCUGGUGUUGUUCCAACUGGGUCAGACACUUACCUGUGCAUGGCAUUUCCUGUGCCAACCAGUCGAGAUGCAUAUAUUGUGGACUUCAUACCUCAUGCCAGUAUGGACACAGUCCAUCACUUGCUGCUGUUCGGCUGCCGGAUUCCCAUCUCCACCAGAAGCUACUGGGACUGCGGCAGUGCACAAGGCACUUGUGAGGAUGAACCUUCCAUUAUGUAUGCCUGGGCUCGCAACGCACCACCUACUAAAUUACCCAAGGAUGUUGGUUUUAAAGUUGGAAGAAAUUCAGGGAUUUCCUACUUUGUGCUGCAGAUCCAUUAUGGAGAUGUCAAUGCUUUCAGAGACCAUCAUAGAGAUUGCUCAGGACUUACCUUAAGAAUGACAACCAAGCCGCAGCCAUUUUUUGCGGGCAUAUACCUGCUCAUGUCUAUGGACACAGUCAUCCCUCCAGGAAAAAGAGUAACAAAUGCAGACAUCGCCUGUGAUUACACUUCAUAUCCCAUCUAUCCGUUUGCCUUCAGGACCCACACACAUCGCCUUGGUAAAGUGGUCAGUGGCUACAGGAUCCGAGAUGGGAAAUGGAGCCUGAUUGGAAGGCAGUCCCCUCAGCUACCACAGGCUUUUUAUCCUGCCAGCAAGGAGGUGAAUGUGACAUACGGUGACAUGCUUGCUGCCAGGUGUAUGUUUACUGGUGAAGGUAAAACCUCCAAAACUUACAUUGGUGGGACCUCUAAUGAUGAAAUGUGCAACUUCUAUAUAAUGUACUACAUGGACAGCAAACAUGCAGUCCCCUACAUGAACUGCAUGGAGACGGGCUCUGAAGAGCUCUUUCAGCAUAUUCCAGCUGAGGCCAAUGUUCCCAUCACUGUCACUUCAGGUCAUAUGAACUCCAUGAUGCAUAUGGGACACUCAACAGAUCACCAAGACCACAGAUUGCAGUUGGAUACAAACAAAGAAAAGCAAGUUCUGGAUCAGGGUGACUUCUAUUCUCUUAUGUCCAAGCUACUAGACCAGAGUAAGGAUGUAGGUCACAUUCAUAUAUACAACCCCAGCAAGAUGCAGAGAGCCCAGGCUGAAUUGAUGGAUCAGUUUGAUAGCUUAAUGCAAAAGAAAGACCUGGUCUCUCCUAGUGUCUCACUAGCCUACCAAAGCAGGGGGGAUCCUGUUUUGGUGAGGGACAGAGUCCACAAAUUCCAUCAGCUUGAGACCACAGCCAAGCCACCAAGAGACAUGCUGCUAGCUGAAGGACAAGACUACCAUUUGGAGCAAGUCUCAUCAUGGCCACAGAGUCCUCUUCAGCUGGGUCAGGUGUCAGGACUUGCCCUUGACUCAGAGUCUAACCUGGUCAUUUUCCACAGAGGUGACCACCACUGGGGGGCAGACUCUUUUAACAGCCAGGGCAGAUACCAGCAGAGGUCCCUUGGUCCUAUCCAGCAGUCCACUAUUUUGGUUGUGGACCCCUCCAAAGGCAAAAUACUGAAGGCUUCUGGCAGAAACAUGUUUUACUUGCCUCAUGGAAUAACUACAGACAAGGAGAAUAAUUACUGGGUCACCGACGUGGCUCUUCAUCAGGUGUUAAAAGUGAGCAGUGACGGCAGAGACAGAACGUUGCUGGUGCUGGGAGAGGCUUUCACGCCAGGAAGUGACAACAACCACUUCUGCCAGCCCACUGAUGUAGCUGUUGACACUGAGACUGGGAAUAUCUUUGUGUCUGAUGGCUACUGCAAUGCUAGGAUAAUGAAGUUCUCUGCUGAUGGCACCUACCUGUCUGAGUGGGGCGCAGGCUCAUCAGACAGGAGGCGGCGCGUACCGUUCCAGAUCCCCCACAGCCUGGUAUUCCUCCCUGACAGACAGGAAGUUUGUGUGGCUGACAGGGAGAAUGGACGUAUUCAGUGCUUCAUAGCAGAAACUGGAGAGUUUGUCAAGGAAAUAAAGAAAGAGGAGUUCAGAGGGGAGGUGUUUGCUAUCACCUACAGCCCUGCAGGAGGUGAUGGCUUGAUCUUUGCAGUGAAUGGGGAGUCUCCAUAUCACUCGGCUCCACUCAGAGGUUUUGUAAUAAAUUAUUCGACCAAGGAUAUUUUGGACACCUUCAGCCCAAACACAGAGGCGUUUAAAAUGCCUCAUGACAUAGUUGAAACCAACAAUGGCAGUGUCUUUGUCGCGGAUGUAGGCAGUAAAUCGGUCUUCAAGUUUGCCACUGAGAAGUUUCAUCGCUCUGUCAAGAAAGCUGGAAUUGAGGUUCAAGAAUUUCAAGAAAUGAAGACAUUUGUCCAAACUAAGAUGAGGCCAGAGCACAACAUGUCAAAGACGUCAGCUGUCCAAGAGAAGCAAACUGUGGCUCAGCUGCCUCAACCACAGGAAGAAGCAGAAAAGGAGAAGAAGAAGAAUGCAGCAAGCCCAAACAGAGAGGGUGUAUUCCCAGCUAUCAUUACUACACUGCUGCUCAUCCCUCUGCUGGUGGUCAUUGCCAUAGGAGCGUUAAUCUGCUGGAGAAGAAACAACCGAUGUGAGGUGAAAACUGACCCCAGCUCUGCAGGAGGGAUUUUGGGAAGAAUAAGAGGUAAAGCAGUGGGCAGUCUAAAUCUGGGGAACUUCUUUGCGUCCCACAAGGGUUACAGUCGUCAGGGCUUUGGCCAGCUGAGCACUGAAGGUAGCGACCAAGAGAGGAAUGACGAGAACAGUAGCGACUCUGAGAACGAAGAGUACUCUGCUCUGCCACCUCCUCAGUCCUCCUCCUAGAUGCUCCGGGGCCAGUCACCAACCUUCAGCUUACAUUGCCAAGAUGUAUGGUAUUAAUCAUGUGUGCAACUGUUGUGUUAGCUGCCAAACUUAUUGUUUAUAUAUUUAAAUAUAUACUGUAUAUAAACAUUGUUGGCAUAAUUUAGACACUUUAUUUAAUUUACCCGUGGUCUUGAUACAGCCUUGGUGACAUGAUUCACACAUUUGUUUUCCGCAAGUCACACUUGCAUUUAGUGAAAUUAUUAGUACAAACCAUGGGACAAAUGUUUGAAAUAUCUGGCAUCAGAUUCAGCUUUAAGAUGAAAAGAAACCUGCUAAUAGGCUGAGAAAAUUCAACAUUUUAUUCAUGUAGUUUUCCUUGUUUGAGAGAUUUAACUUUUUAAGAGUUUUAGAAAGGUGAAGAAAAUUCUACAUCAUUGUCAAAAUAAGCUAUUUUGCUUUGGAAACAGGUAAAACAAAUCUAAGCCCAUUGCUGGAUGCUUAUUUUAAUACAUAAGACAAUUAAUCAAAUUUCACUGAAUGACUUUUUUAGAUGGGGAAUUGUUCAUCAUUAGGUUAGAUUAAAUUAGAUUAGAUUAAAUUCAACUUUAUUAUCAUUACCCAUGUACAAGUACAAGGCAACGAAAUACAGUU